AUGGCCGAGAAGCAGAAGCACGAAGGCAGGGUCAAGAUAGGACACUACAUCCUGGGAGACACACUCGGAGUCGGAACAUUCGGCAAAGUGAAAAUUGGAGAGCACCAGCUAACGGGACACAAGGUUGCAGUUAAGAUCCUGAACAGGCAGAAAAUCCGCAGUCUCGAUGUGGUUGGCAAAAUCAAACGAGAGAUUCAGAACCUUAAGCUGUUUCGACACCCACAUAUCAUCAAGCUGUAUCAGGUGAUCAGCACUCCUACAGAUUUCUUCAUGGUGAUGGAGUAUGUGUCUGGAGGGGAGCUCUUUGACUAUAUCUGUAAGCAUGGAAGGGUAGAGGAAAGUGAGGCACGACGUUUGUUCCAGCAGAUCAUCUCUGCGGUGGACUACUGCCACAGACACAUGGUGGUGCACAGAGACCUGAAACCCGAAAAUGUCCUGCUGGAUGGAAACAUGAACGCCAAAAUUGCUGACUUUGGCCUGUCAAACAUGAUGUCAGACGGAGAGUUCUUGAGAACAAGCUGCGGUUCUCCUAACUAUGCUGCUCCAGAGGUCAUUUCUGGAAGACUGUAUGCAGGGCCAGAGGUGGACAUCUGGAGCUGUGGUGUGAUCUUAUAUGCUUUGUUAUGCGGCACUUUGCCCUUUGAUGACGAGCAUGUGCCUACGCUCUUCAAGAAGAUCCGUGGAGGAGUUUUCUACAUCCCUGAGUACCUCAACCGUUCUGUAGCCAGCCUGCUGAUGCUGAUGCUCCAGGUGGAUCCUUUAAAGAGAGCCACAAUCAAGGAUAUCAGAGAACACGAGUGGUUUAAGCAAGAUCUGCCCCACUACCUCUUCCCGGAGGACGCUUCGUAUGACAGUGCAGCAGUGGACGAGGAGGCUGUGCGCGACGUGUGUGAAAAGUUCGAGUGUGCCGAGGCCGAAGUGCUGGGGAGUCUGUACAGCGGAGACCCACAGGACCAGCUGGCCGUCGCCUACCACCUCAUCAUCGACAACCGGCGUAUCAUGAACCAGGCCAGCGAGUUUUACCUAGCUUCCAGUCCGCCUGCCGGCUCCUUCAUCGACGAUGGCAUUAGGCCACACCCAGAGAGGAUGCCCCCACUGCUGGCAGACAGCCCCAAAGCCAGGUGCCCACUGGAUGCCCUUAACAACACUAAGCCCAAACCGCUAGCAGUAAAGAAAGCCAAGUGGCACCUUGGCAUCCGGAGCCAGAGCAGACCCUAUGACAUCAUGGCUGAGGUGUACCGUGCCAUGAAGCAGCUCAGCUAUGACUGGAAGGUGGUGAACCCCUAUCAUUUGAGGGUGCGACGGAAGAACCCGGUCACUGGAAACUUUGUAAAAAUGAGCUUGCAGCUCUAUCAAGUGGACAACCGCAGUUACCUACUGGACUUCAAGAGCAUUGAUGAUGACAGCAUUGAGCAGAAAUCUGGCUCGUCUACACCUCAGCGCUCAGGGUCGGCAGCCGGCCUCCACCGGCCCCGCCUCAGCAUCGACUCGGCGACCGUCUCUAUAGAAAUGCCACAGCUCAGCAGCUCGCUGCCGGGCUCUCUGCUUGGCAGCAUGCCCCUGCUGGCACCACGACAGGGCAGCCACACCAUGGAUUUCUUCGAGAUGUGUGCCAGUCUCAUCACCACUCUAGCACGCUGAGUUACCGGUGCACAUGCACACAAACAUCACAAACAUACUAGUUAAACCUUCACAUUCAUGCCCAGUGAUAGAAUCUUUAAAUAAAUGAGGGGUCAUUCGUUUAGAGUUAUACCUUCUAGGGCCAGCCACAUGUACAUUUCUCACUCAGACAGAUAGACAGCUCUGACUGAUUAUUGCUGCUUUACUGAUCAAACUUUUUUUUGUGUGGCUGGAUGGCAUUCUGGGGUAUUUCACACUGCAUGGUGUUUUGUCUUUUUUAUAUACAUAACAUUUUGGUAAGAUGAAUAUACGGUAUAUUUCUAUUUCUCCUUUUAAUCACUUUA